AUAUGUGAAUUUACAGAAUGGUAAAUUAUAAAUCAAAAGAUGGCAAAUUCUUUAUUCACGAUAAGUUUAAAUUUUAUUGUUUCGAGGCUGUCACUGAUAGAUUCUCUUGUUGAUUUCCCAGACACGAUUGGCUUGGAAAUUUUCCGCGCUGCGUUGGCACAAGAUAAGUUUUUGCAUUUGAAAAAUUCGCAGUUGACAAGAAGAAGUCUUCAGGUGACUUUAAUUUUAAAUUUUAAUUUAUAUUCAUUGUUCGUUAUACAAUCCAUUUUUCUUAAAUUCACAUGCUAUGACUAUGAUAUACAUUGUUUUAAUACUAAAAUAGCACAGUGUAAUUUUAAUAAUAAUUCAGGAGUCGUUUUGAGUAGCUUUUAUUAUUAUUUAUUAUUUCUGCUUUCACAUUGACAUUAGGCUAAUGAAGGAGACACGGUGGCGGAGAAUGGGGGUGUAGUGACAUUGACAGUUGUGAGAAUUUAUGUCAAUAUGUGGAAACAGGAGUAAGGCUCAUGUCUCUCAGUGUGGUAAACUCAGCAAAAUCAUUGUGCCCCCCCUCCCCCCUGGACUAAUUUAUCCAUCCUGACUAGCCCCAAGUGUUAGGUUAGGGUGACCAAACGUCCCGUAAAAACGGGAUUGUCCCGUUUUAUCACUAUCGUUUUAUUAAUAUGAUUUUUGAAAAAAUAAAAAGUACAUAUGCUUUUUAACCGUUUCGUUAAUGCUGAUGUUGACGCGAUGUCACAAUCACCCACUUUCAUUUACCAAGGAUGUCACAUUGGGGUCAUAACAAAGAGGCAAAGAACUUUUCUGAAAUACCACUGAAAUCUAGUCGACAUCAUAUUUCAAUGCUAUAUAUUUCUUUAUUCUUUAAUUUAUAGAGAAGUUAAUAAUUAAUAGGGUAGGGAAUGAAAAAAUACUGGAAGUUUCUCUGUAAAGUUUUUUAAUUGCUGAGUCAGCAAAAAUCAAUGCCCAAAACCAGCAAUAAUGAAAGGGUUAAAUAAAAAUAUUUGGCAAAAUUAAUUGGAAAAGAACAUUAAAACAUAAAGGGCCAUCCAUAAAUGCAUCACCCUAUUUCGACCCAUAGAGUAUAGAAAACAUCAUCACUCACACCCCCCCUCUACCCCUUCUCUUCAUUAUAAUAAGCUUAUCUUUUUCUUUUUAUCUUUGUGACAGAUUUUUUUUCUGGCGUAUGGAGAUUUUGGAAUACUUGAAAGUGUCUCACUUAAAGAAAGUCAACUAUUUUUAAAUGAUGUUGUUGAUACAUGCUGGUGGUUGUUUGAACACAUAAAUUAUUUAGACUUAUCACAUUGUGGUCUUGGAGAUGACCAUGAUAUCCUCCCAUUAUUGAUGAGAGGAUUAAAGUAAGCACUGGUUAGAUAUAAUUGUUACUAUAUCACAUAGUCCCCAAACUGAUCCCAUGAAAAGUUUUUAACUUCCAUACCCAAAUUUUCAGUUAUUACAACUCAUGGGGGUCCUGUGUGGUUCACUUUUGCACACACCACUUAAGCUUCUGGAUCAACUCAAAUCUGCAUCCCUGCAUCAAUCUAAGUUGAAAUAGUUUAUGAUAUUUAUUAAAUGAAAUUUGAACUGAACCGAAAGAGUAUGAUUACAUGCGUCAAUAGAUAAUGUGUGUGCCUAGAAGAUUUCCUACAAGUUACGAUAAUCACUGACGUGUUAUUAUGUGUUAAGGUCUGAAGCCUGAUUGCACCUUGUAAAUGUCAUUUGAUAUAAUUACCUAAAAAAAUCUUUGAAUUGAAUAUCUCUCAUAAAAAAAUACCAGACUGAUUUGUUGUCACAUUCAUUAAUAUUACUAAUUACCAGUUACACAGUUAACUUAAAAGAGUUAUUAUUUAUAGGGUACUCAUUUGUUUGAAAUCCUUAAUUUCAUAGGUUGAAAACUUUGAUUCUUCAAAACAAUUCAUUAUCAGAUGAGGGUGUCAGGAAACUGACAGUACAACCAAGAAUGUUUAAAAAGGUGUCUUCUCUGAGCUGUUUAGAUCUUUCAGGUAAUUUAUAGCCCAUCAAAUUAACCUUUCUAACUCUCAGGACUCUGAUAUUUAUUGGAAAUGCUUGUUCUGCAAGACCAUGAACAAUGUGGAGAAGGUUAUGAUAGUAAUAAAAAAGCUUCCUUCAAUCAUGGCUUUUAAUAUUCAUCUUGAUUUUUAGAAAAGUUAUGGUAAACAUCUUCAAGCUUAGUGUUUUAAAUAGAAAAUGAACUAUAAUUUAGUUAAUGAUGGAAUCCUAAAAAAAAUUUAAAUACCUUCCUACAAUAGUCUUAACAUGUCUUGGGGCAGUGAGACAAAAAUACAACAUUUGUACACAUACUAUUUUCAGUUUAUCCUUGAUAUUUCAGAUAAUGAAGUGCUCACUGAGAGAAGCAUCAAACUACUAAAAUGCUUAUCAAAUUUGUCUUUGUUGAAAAUGUCAAACACAGCAUUUGUAUCUGAGGUAUGACAAAAAAUGAAUUGAAUAUAGCAUUAUUUUAACUACAGUACUUCUUUAGGCCUGGGGUUUCAAUCUAACAAUUUCUGAGCCACUAAUCAUCUUCAAGCAGUUUCAAUCUGGCCAAAAGCAUUAAUAAGAGUAAGAGACCCUAAAAGGAACCCUAUCAUCAAGACAAGCUAAUUUCCUUAAGCUUAAAUAGUUUCCCUGUGUUUACUACAACAUGAUUUUAAAAUUAAAAAAAAAAGCAAAUGAAGUUCCAUCAUUGUUUUGAUAGAUAAAGUUGUAUCCAUUAAAGUUAUGUAUAUAUAUUUAAAAUUACAUCAUUCAAUGGCUUUAUUUUUAUAUCAUAAUUUUAAAAUCAGUCAUUAUUUCCAUUUUUUUUAAUCAUCUGUUGCUAACUGUACAUUUAUUUGAAAAUAAUACAUGUAUUAUUUUAAGGCUAAGAAUGUGAGUAAUGAUUGGCUUGUAUCAACUGACCUGUGCUCAUGUAUAAUAAGAAGUUUUAACGUGAAAACAAGUGGCU